ACUACCGCUUUUAUUUAUUUAAUGACAUACUUAACAGCAAAAUAAUGGAUUUAAAUGCAUUUAUAUUUGUAUAUAGGUAAAAUCAAACCUUAAUUAUUAUUAAUAACAAAAUGUUGUUUUAACAUAUGGAAUUCUCUAAUGUGCCUCAUUACCCUUUCAAUGUGAAUUCUGAAUGUAAAAAUAAUUUUUGUUUGUCAUACUUCUGAUUUAGACAAUUUUGAUUCUGUAAUAAUAGUAUUUUUUGGAGUUUAUUAAAUGCAGGUCCAGAACCACUGGCAUUACUCAUUAUCCAUUGUUAUUAUUCCUUGAUUAAAUCCUAUUUUAUAUUGACAGUAGUUUUCCAUUUAUUGGAACGCAACACAGCUAAGAUUUAACAAACAACCGAUUGAUUCAAUUUUAAACUCAAACAAAGAAAUAAAAGUAUUCUGCUUUUAGGGAUGGGCUUUUAGAAUGAUAUAAUAAUAAAUAAUAAUAAAACGUUGAUUUACACUGGAAUUCUUCACAAUAUCGAGAUUUCUGCGAGAAAUGUUAAACCAUUUCCUGCGUAUUUUAGCAUUUUUGAGAAGACGUACAAAUAUUUUUUCCAGAGUCUUUAUUGAGCAGCGUAUUUGAGCAGGCUGGUACUAGACACCAUUAUUAACUCAUUUUGUGACGUAAAGUGCAGUAAAUAACUAAAUAAGUUAUGUGUUAGAAGCUUAGCCGUUUGAGGUUUCUUUGCUAUUCUGUGAACUCGUUGAAUCGAUUCGACUACAUAUGACCUACAGUUUCUAGUUUUAAUUAAAUUGAACGUAAAUACCUUUUGUGGGUUCCAUAACCAAUCUAAAUAAUUUGAACGUCUGACGGUUAUAAAAAAAAAUCCGCCAUUUCCAGAAACAGUUUCGUUAAAAAGAAGAUUAUGAUCUAAUUGACCUCCAUGAUGCUAGUCAAUAGUUGUUUUUAUCGAGUCUACAAAUAAUUUUGUGUGACAUAAUUCUAUCUUUUAACACUGUUGACUUUUGUCCUAUGUACUAGAAACUACAUUGCUAUUCCUCAGUGGUUCAUCGCUAUCCUUAAGUUAAGUUUAGUGAAGGCACUCCUUAAUGACUUUAUCUGUUUAUGGACAAUCUCGAUGUUUGGUUGAAUUUUUAGAAUUUUUGAUAUUUUAUUUAACAAAUCUUAUGUAUUGCAAAAUAAUACACAUGGGGUGCUAUAGAUAAGAUGAGAGUUGUUCAUUAAUAUGUCGUACAGUUUAUUUAAAUUGCUGAUUUUAGUUUUAGUUGUGUGGAGCAACUAUGGGUUUAAUAUACUAAUCUGCUAAUAAAGUAUUGUUGCUAUCUUUGAUCACUUUCGUGUCUAGGAAUGGUACGUUUUGUUCAGUUUCACUCUCUAUUGUGAAUUGCAAUUUGGGAUUUAUAGCUAUUGGAUACCACUAGAAUCUCGUUCAUUCCCUCACUAGAGACUGAUGUGAUAAUGUCAUCUACAUAUUUCCUUAAAAACGUUGGUACAAAAGACAGCUUUGCUAUGCAAACCUCUAACCAAGGUUAACCAAAAUGUACCGAGCGAGGAUUGGAGAGAAUUUUUAUCACAAGAAACGAUUGUCAAGUUUAAAAUAUUGUAUUGUCUUGCAGAUAAAAUAUUUGGUGGUUGUUAAGACCCAUUAUACAACAUCUUUUCUGGCACAUACGGCUGUUAAACCAGCUAGGUGCCCGCUAAUAAUUUAUAAUGUGCAUAUGUUUGUGUUUCACAAAAAAUUGCAUUGCUUUGAAAAGGAAAACGAUAUUUAAAGUGAAAAGUUGACAAGUAGUUUGGCGCAAUAAGUUCCACAUUUUGUCUCAAUAUUGCUGUUAUAAUAAUAUAUUUUUCUUCAUUUCAGAGAAUCGAAUUAAGGGAAAUUUCAACUUUUUCGCAUUUGGCGACACUUCACCAUUAGGUCAAAUAUUAUCUUUGAACAGCAUGUGCGAAGAAAUUACGGAAUAUUUUUUCGCACAUCCAAAAGUGCAAAAUCUGCUCAAAUCUCAAGAACAUUUUGAUGCCGUUGUAGUAGAAUUGUUUGUAAAUGAGGCUGUGACCAUUUUCGCGCAUCACUUUAAAGCGCCCUUAAUAAUUUUGAGCAGCUUGGGUCCAAAUUUCUGGAUAAACGGUUUGGUUGCAAAUCCGGAACCCCCCGCUUACGUGCCGAAUUUGUUUUUGAAUUUUAACAGCGAAAUGAGGUUUUCUCAACGGCUCUAUAAUUUUUUGGCUGGAAUAUUUUGUCAAUUGAACACCCAUUUUCUGAUUUAUCCCAACCAGAAUAAGAUAUUGAAGAAAUAUUAUCCAGAUGGUCCAGAUCUCAGCGAAAUCAUCUAUAAUACGUCCCUAAUAUUCCUAAAUUCGCACGAAAGCAUUCAUGAACCUGUACCUAUAGUUCCAAAUAUAGUUCAUAUCGGAGGAUAUCACGUUACUCCACCCAAAACUUUACCAAAAGAUUUACAACACUUCUUGGAUAAUUCAAAAGAAGGAGCGAUAUAUUUUAGUUUGGGUUCAAAUGUAGUUCCAUCUCAAAUGCCUAACGAUACGAGAGAUGCAAUUUUGAAGGUUUUGGGAUCCAGGAAAGAAAACAUUUUAUGGAAAUGGGAUCAAGAUUCGUUACCUAAUCAGCCUCCAAACAUCAAGCUAUCCAAAUGGUUUCCUCAACAGGAUCUUUUAGCACAUCCGAAUAUUAAACUAUUCAUCACUCAUUGUGGUCUACUUAGCACCACGGAGGCAGUUUACCACGGAGUACCUAUACUCGGGUUUCCUAUUUUUGGUGACCAACAGAUGAAUGCUGAACGGGCUGCAACACUCGGAGUGGGAAAAUUUAUUGAUUUUUUCACGAUAAAUGAGAAAAAUUUAAAGGAAGCCAUUAACGACAUAUUGGAUAAUCCUAGAUACUUACGGAAUACAAAAUAUAGGUCGGAGUUAAUGCACGACCGUCCAGUUAAACCAAUGGAUUUAGCCGCAUACUGGGUCGACUACGUCAUAAGGCACAAGGGGGCACAACAUCUGCAAGUUGCUGGAGUUCAAUUACCGUUGUACAAAUAUUUGAUGCUGGAUGUUCUGGCAAUAAUAUUUGUUAUCGCCUUUACUAUUUUCUACUCAUUUUAUAGGAUCGUGAAACAUUGUACGACUCAAACAAUAAAAGAAAAGAAGCAUUAAU